AUGAACAAAUUUAAUUGUCCAUUGUCCGUUAUUUACAUUGUUGUAUACGAAUGCGACUGCCUCUUUAAAGAUUACCUGCGCCAUAUUCAUCUCCGCGCUGGCCCCAUGUCUUCCGACGAAAAGGAAAUGUCCCCCGUGGACGUUGCGCCCGACGCGAAAGCCUCCAAGCGCAAGGCCGACGUCGAGGAGAUCGAGGUUGAUAUUACCGCCCCGGAACCGCCAUCGAAGCGCGCGCGCCGUGCCCUGAAGAAGGGCAAACCCGCGACCUCGAAAGCGAAAAAAGACAACGACAACGACGACCUCGAAGACGACGAGUCGGCAGACAAGGACAAGAAGGACGACAAGGCGGCCCGCUCCGAGCACGGCGUCUGGAUCGGCAACCUGCGCUUCACCGUGACGCCCAAGGAGCUGCGCCAGUGGCUCAUUGACAACUCCGGCGGCGCCCUCACCACCGAGAUGAUUACCCGGCUCAAGCUGCCCCUGUCCAAGCCGCCCGGCAAGCCCGGCAAGCGCGACAAGACGGCCGACCAGCCGCCGCCCGCGAACAAGGGCUUUGCGUACGUGGACUUUGUCGACGUGGCGGCCAAGGUGGCUGCCAUUGCGCUGUCUGAGACGGAGUGGCACGGGCGCCGGCUGCUGAUCAAGGACUCGACCUCGUUUGAGGGCCGGCCGAAGAAGGAGCCAGGCGAGCCCGAGGGCAAGGACGGCAAGCCCGUCGUGGACCCUAAUGCGAGCCGUAAAAUCUUUGUUGGUAACAUGAGCUUCAAGACCACCGAGGAGGACGUGCGCCGCAACUUUGACAAGUGCGGCGAGAUUGAGUGGGCCAAGGUGGCCACCUUUGAGGACACGGGCAAGUGCAAGGGCUACGGCUGGGUCAAGUUCAAGGAGCCCGAGGCCGCGGCCUGGGCGGUCAAGGGCUUCGUCAAGAUCAAGGAGGCGGUCGAGACCGAGGACGAUUUCCGCGACGCCAGCGACGCCAGCGACGACGAGGGCGAGGGCGAGGAGGACCAGAAGAAGACGAAGAAGAGCCAGCCGCAGAAGCAGUUUAGGACCCGCAAGUGGUACGUGAACCGCAUGCUCGGCCGCGAGCUCAAGCUCGAGCUGGCCGAAGACGACCAGUCCCGCUACAAGAAGCGCUUCGGCAAGGACAGGCCGGCGGCGGCGGCGGCGGACCGAGGCGCACCGCGUGAGGGCGGCGAGAGGAGAGAGCAUAGGCAUAAAAAGGCUGACGGCGCGGCGGAUAUCCAGGAGGCGCGCUUGACGGGUAGAGUGGUUGAGCAUACGGGUAGCAAGGUUACGUUUGAUUAG